AUGGAACUCUACAUCCCAAUCUCCAUCUCAAAGCUCUUCCUUGUCUACUUCCUUCCUCUCGCAGCCUCUAUCGCAAUAUCCGCGCUGAACUACGCCGGCCUCGCAAAAGUCCCCCAUAUUGUCAUACUUCUCGCGAGCCCAGCCCUCCUCGUCCUUCAACCAAUAUGGGAAGAAGCUCUGCUCUGCGAGUUGGAAAGACAGUCUGAAGAGCUGAGGGCUGAGAACACACGUCUCAGAGCGCAGACUGAGGAGAUGAAAAGACAGACUGAAGAGCUGAGGGCUAAGAACAGGCGUUCCAAAGCGCAUCUGAUGGCAUUCGAACACGCGACUGAGGAGCUGGAGAACGAAUCCGACGACUUGGAUGACGAGGCUAAGAUUUUGGCCAGGAUAGAGAAGAUCAAGGCACUACAGGAGGAGUUCAGGAAAACGUUUGGAUGA